ACUGCGUCAUACAGAGCACACACACGAACGUACGAACGCGAUUUUCCGUGCGCGCAUCUACACUUUUUCUUUCUUUUAUCGUCUCGUAACGCCCGUACUCGCAGAUAUUUUUGUAUAUUACACGGAAUUUCGGAAUGAAUGAAAAAGGAAAAAAAUAAUAGCGAGCAAAAAAAUCAUUUCGGAAAAAUAAAUUUGAGUGAAUCUGCUGCAUAUUUUAUUUACCGAUAAAGAAAUUUACGUCUUCUUCUUACUUUGCUCCAACAAAAAAAAAAAAUGACAUGAAAAAAUUAUCAGCGAACGAAGCAAAACGCAGAAAAAAGAGCAAACAAGGAAAAACCAUUUCCACGAUUUUUUUUAUACCUACACAACACAUAAAUAUAUUAGAAGCUAAAAAAAUAAAGAAAAAAUGUUUUGUGUCAAAUUAAUGUUGAAAUAAUUAAGAGAGAGAGCGAAAAAUUGCUCGAAAAGUGAGAAAAAAGUGCGUCAAAAAAUCAAAAUCAAAAAAUAACAAUCAAAAUACACGCAAAAUAAAAUUCAGGAAUUAAAAACGCCGCAGUGAAAGUGACCGAAAAAAAAAUCACCUGAAAUUGCUGCCAUUUUUAUUUAUUAUUAUUAUUAUAUUAUUAAAGGAGAGCCGAAAAAAAGGGGAUUUUUUUCGCUACCUGUGAAAGCAAAACCUUGCCAUCUGUCCACACGCCACUAACGGCACACAUCUGGGGAAAUUUAAUUGGAUUUAAUGUGUGUGUAAUAAAAAAUAACAAUAAAAAGGCCAACAACAACAACAAUAAAUUGGUAGCAGGAGUGUAGCAGCAAAAAGCGAGAAAAAAAGAUGCAUCCAGCGCCACAUCCGGUGCUUACGACUAAAAUGAUGUAAUUCCCGUCGUCCUCGAGCGAGAAAAAAAAAUCGAAAGAAAAAUAAAAAAAAAGAAGAAAAUCAAUUCACAGACAAUCUGUGCACCUCAACUAUUUUUCGAUAAUAUUUAUCUUCGUCUAUCACACUUUUUUAUUAUUUUUGCCUUUGUGAUAUGGAAAAUCAACUGUUGCAUUCCGUACCGACAUCCCCAUCAUCAUCAUCAUCAUCUUUGCCGCCGCAAGUAACGAGGCAACAAAAUACAUCAAAAUCAUCUGUCGUCGUGAAAAAUCGCAUUAAAAAUGUUCUUUGCAGCAACUAUCACAGAAAGGGAUCAGUCACACUUUAUUCGUAUCUCUUUCUCUUCCUUUUCCAUUCAACAAUCUUCAUUAAAACGAUACAAUCGCAUGCACAGCAGCAGGCGGUAACGUCAACGGGAACGACGACGACGUCGACGCAACAAUGUGAAUAUAAAGUUUUAGAGGAAAUACCACCGGAUCCAAAUUACGAUUUUGUCGAUAUCACAAUCGAAGCUGCCACAGAAUUAGCUGUGAUGAUGUCGAGAUCGCGCCUAAUGCAUCACAACGCCACAAUCGAGGCUAAUCGCAUUGCCAAGGAAACGCUGGCGAAAGAAGAAGAUUUGUUAGCAGUUGCCAUUGCGGCGCCCAAACUAUCUGUAGCUGUAGUUCAAUUUAGGGAUCAAAUAUCAAUAGCGCCGCCAACAUCCUCGACAACGUCUUCGUUCCAGGUGAAUCACACGGGAAUUCCGACAGCAACUUCGCGCAGUUAUCUGAGCGCAUAUUGGCGCGAAUUGGGAGCUGCGUGGAAUCAAUCUGCCGGCGAGUAUCGUUGGGGUACGCCGUUUCGGGAUUGCGGGCCGCUCGUGAAUCGAUGGUUGUGGCCUUUUAGUGCGACAGUUGUUGAGCAUGGACAAAAGGUUGUUGCAACUUUAUUCAUCGCUGCCGACUUGGAUGAGUGCAACGACGCUCUCGAACCAGUUUUUGGCAGAAAACACAGUUGCGAUCGCGAAACAACAUUUUGCCUCAUGAGCGAGAUGAACAUAUCGGCGCCGCGUGGAAAAUACACUUGCAUCUGUCGCGAAGGCUUCUACUUGCCAAACGAGCCGUUGCAGGGCUUCACAAGUGCCCAAGUCGAAAGCGGCAAUGCCUCGUUAAACGGCAAUUAUUCGUGCAUCGCAUGUCCCGGCGGCUGUUUUUGCGACAACAACGGCAAAUGUUUGUUGGCGGGCGACGAUUUGGAAGACUUUUCAAUGGAAACGCUCCUCAAAACCGUAAUUGGCGUCGUGCUUGGCUCGUGCAUGUUCUUUUGCGUGGUUUUGGCAAUUAUUGUUGCGCGGCAACGCAAAUGCAAGACUAUCGCAACGGGCAUGUGGACCGUGCUGGAAACGAUUUUGCUGGGAAUUUUUCUGCUGUAUUUAGCGGUUGCUCUUCAUUUUCUGCCAGCAUCGACGACACGAUGUCUUCUCGAACCAUGGCUUCGUGAACUUGGGUUUUGUGUGUGUUACGGCGCCAUUGGACUCAAACUUUACCGUUAUCUCGUGGAAUUUCGUACGCGGAAGGCACAUCGAUGGGUUGUGCGAGACCUCGACUUGCUGCGAUAUUUGUGCGCGAUGGUAAUUGCCGUGCUCUGCUACUUGUGCGCAUUUACGGCCUCAUCUCUGGACUUUAUCGACGUGAACGGCGAGCUAAUUUGGCACGUGGAGGUGCAAGAUGCCAACGUUACCGCAAACAUGUGUCGCCCCUUCAAAUGGGACUACGUUACGGAAGCGGGCGAAAUAUUAAUUCUCGUGUUUGCGUUGCAACUCGCCUAUGCCACACGGAAUGCCAGCACGCAAUUUCGCGAAAGGCAAUUUCUCGUUGCCUCCAUUCUCAUCGAGUUUGUGGCGUCGUCCGUGUUCUACGUGAUACGCGCAUGGUAUUUGAUAGACUUCAGUCCGGGAACACUCUUUUUAGCGCUAUUUAUAAGAUCACAACUGACAAACACAAUAACACUCGGAUUAAUUUUUCUGCCAAAAUUGUGGUAUCAACAGAAACAGGGACAUCCACCGGUGAGCGGGCAUCACAACAGUGGCGUCGGAAAUUUGGGAACAUAUGCGAAUAUCUUUGGCGAUCCCGAAUUAGGGGACCUGACAAUCGCUGAAAUGACUCCCGAGGAAAUUCGGGCAGAAUUAAAAAGACUGUAUACCCAAUUGGAAGUCCUGAAGAACAAAACGUUGCGACAAGAUAAUCCUCACAUCAGUAAACGUCGCGGAGGACGCAAAGUUGCGCAUCGAAGAUUUUCACUGCAGAAAAAAGGGAGUAAGGCAUUGAGUGCGAAGCGUCAUCGCCCGCCGCCAUCCAGUGCUGACAUUGAAGUUACCGAAGCAGAGCCCAGCAGAACGCCCGAAGACUCCGUUUGCAGUAUCGAGGGCGGCGAAAUGUCAGGCGUUUCUGUCUCCAAAUAG